CAGUCGAUGAUCAAACGUACAAGCCAAAGCAAGCAACAAAUUUUAAUAGAAAAAAUGUUUUUAAAAUAUUUAAUGGUUUGUCUGGUGCUGGUGUUCCAGCUAGCACACUGCAUUCCAGCUAGGAAAUAUGAAUUCAUUCCGGCGCGCUGCAAUGAUUAUCCAGGCGUGGAGGCACAAAUUGGAGGUCCUCUCAGUCUGUGUAGCUUUCCGCCCAAGUAUGAGACACCUGAUAAUGAGGACAUUCAAGCCGUCAUCGAGCACAUACAAGGAUUAAAUUUAAAUUGAAUGACAUAUAAUUACAUUUACUUUUAGUUUAGAGAACUUUACACUUUAUUUGCAUAAACGACGCGCGGUUAAAUGAAAUCAAAUAUAAUUAGCUAUAAACGUUAUUAAUUAA